CGUAAAAUAAAAACAAAGGGUGUAAUUUCAAGUGCAGCUGAGCCGCUUGGACCCCUCCGACAACCUUCUUCGACGACGACCGGCGGCGAUGUCGUGAUCACGACCGCGAACACUCAGGAGCACAAGAGCAGACUCGAGGAGAAGAAGGAAACUCUUGCCAGGAUGAGCCUCCGCAGCUCGCCCGUCAGGGUGCACGGAAAGAAGGACACGGAGCCAGAAUAUGGGAGGCCGCUCAGCAUCAUCGAGAGCGUGGCCAGCGGAGAAGAGGGGGCGAGUGACGAGGAGCGCGGAGCAGACGAGGGAGAGCACGGACACUAUGCCAUCACCUCUGGCACGAUGACACCACCACAUCCAUCGCCCUCGCCAGAACCGAUGGACCAGGCGGCUGCCUCAUCGUCGACCGACUCGCAAGUGUCGAGCCUGUCUGACAAGUCGACGCUCGAGGGCCACAUCCAGUCGCUCUUCACCAAGUUUGUCCCUGCCUCGUCGUCUGAUUCGCAGGGCGAGCGCUGUGUCCUGUGCAGAGAUCUGCCGAGCCUGUUGGACGAGUACGAGAGACAGCGCGGGUCACGCCUGGUCAGCGACCGGCUUCGCGAGGAGCUGACCCAGCAGGUCUCGCAGAGCCCAGACGUCGAGAUCAGCGCCAGCACGCUGCUCCAGCUCAUUGGCGCCCUUCAGGCUGCGCAGCCAGAGAGCGACGGAGAGGAGGGGGACUCUGUCGCCUUGCGCAGGGCCGCUGCCGCCACUGCUGCUGCUGCUGCUGCGGCUGCCGCUUACACGGCCACUACCACAUCCGGUUCAGGGGGCGAAGACAGCUCGUUUUCGUCGCAGGACGACUCGAGCGUCUCGUCAUCCAACGAGGAAGAGUACGAAGACGACAGCUUCGAGCGCAUUGGAGAGGACGACUACCAACGAUCAAGCUCACGGGAUAGAAAACAGAGCACGCCUACCGUUGGGGGCCGACGACCGCUGCACUUGGACGACGAUGGCAGGCCCCGCGCCUUUCCUCGGUCACAGAGCGAGAGGGCCGGACUCGGCCAGGGGGCAGGCGUCAGCACAGGCACAGAAGAUGGAAAUGGACAAGGUCAGGGCGAGAGACAGGAGCGCGACGAAGAAGACCAGCUCACCCCAGGGCCAUCGGCGUGGUCCUCGAUGCGAGCGACGCCCCGAAAGAAGACAACAUCGGACCCCUCCGACUCGCCUUACACCUCCCGCCGUGUCUCGGCACCGGCCUCGGCCCCAGCUGGGCCCUCGAAGCGGGCGAAGGGCGACAAGCGUCACGAGAGGCGCAAGAGCAUCGAUCCAGAGAACAGAGAGGUGCUUCGAGGCAAGGGCAAACUGCAGGCGCCCCCAAGCGCAUGGAGCCGACCCAAGCCACAGGCACUGGCGAACCGAGAGAAGGAGAGGGAGCGAGAGAGACAGAGAAAGCUGAGCGACGCGUCGAGCCUGGGAAGCCCCGACCACCCGCAGAACAGCCCGCUGGUCGACCGCGAUUACGACGGCCACGCUGCGCUCGGCCUGGGCCGUCCUCCUCCCCCGGGUGGCGCACGGCAGCGCCUCUCCUCGCAGCCGACCAUGUCCGUUGCGCGCGAGGAACUCGCUGCAACGCCGCCGAGCCUGCCCCGAAGCUCGAGCUCGAGCUCCACUGGCUUUGCCUUUCCCCGCGCCACGAGUCCGCCGUGGGGCGACUCGCACGAGGCAAGGGCCAACGAGCGGUGGGAUGCGUUGCUCGACGACAUCGAGACGCCGGGCGCGUCCAAGCUGCCCGCGAGUGCCAGCGCAGGCAGUUCCUACUUUGAGAGCGCCAGGAGCUCCUCGAGCCGUGCUGCCAGCCCGGGUAUCGAUGAGAGCAGCAUCGGCAACUUUAGCAGCUUUGGCAUCCUCGCCGGUGCAGGAGCAGCAGGCCCGCAGUCGCCCCGUCGAUCGAGCAGCCGCGCGAGUGGGCGCCGCUAUCGCUUCGAUUCCGACGAAGCCGACGAGACAAUGAGGCAGGCAGACGACGACGAUCUCCAGUCGCAGCUCGAGGCGCUGCAGCGGACGCUCAACGAGCGCGAACGGGCGCACAACGAGGUGCAGGAAGAGCACGAGGCCAUCAUCUCUUCGCUGCAAAACGAAAUCGAGGUGCUCAAGGACCAGAAUGCGGUCAUGAAGCGAGAGGAAAAGGAGGCAAGUGCGCGCGAGACGGGCCAGACAGACCUGAUCAACAAUCUCGAGAACGACCUGUCGAGGGAGCAGAAGCUGCACGAGAUCCUAAAGGGGCAGCACAACAGGCUCAAGGUCCAAUUGGAUGACCAGAAGAACGAAUCAAAGAAGCUGCGCGAGGCCGCAAGCGCAGACAAGCAGACGAUGGAGAAGCUCGAGGGUGCCCAGGUCGGGUUCGUCGCAACGAAUCAGAGACUGGCCGACGAGAUCAGCAAGAAGCAAGCAAGGAUCGAGGAGCUUCAGGCAAAGGUCACUCUUCUCGAGACUCAAAAGGCGGAAAUGGAGGAGAUGGAGACGACCAACGCUGCGCUGCGCGAAAAGAUUGAGAGGCUGACGGCAGAGCUGGAGAUGAGGGGGACAAGCGAGAUUAUCAACCGGGGCGACUUUGAUCAGUCGAGCAAGGCGACACCAUCUAGGACACUGGGAGCAGAGAUGCAGCGUCUGCUGGACAAUGCCCAGGCGGGCGAAGAUGACGGCGGCGACGAAGACGGAGAAGCGAGCAUGGACAGCAUGAUCGAGACAACCGUCACCCGCAGGCGCGUGCGGAGUUCAAAGUCGAAGCGCGCAGACGGCCAGGCGGGCGAUGGAGAAGCCGAAAGCUCUGGGCGCAUCGCAGAGGAACACGCACUGCCGACGUACGACGAGGCGGCGCUGGAGAAGAACAUCGUUACCCGGCUGCACCCUAGCUGCAGCGCGGAGGAGCGCGCGUCUUCGCAUCUUGUCGAAGGCGAUGGCCACCGCUUGGUAGAUGGCUUCGUCGAACUCUUCGUCGGCGGCCAAGCCAUGUCGCCGAGCUAUCAUUACGAGAUGCUCAAGCGCUCGCUCGGGAUCAGGUGCCAAUCGCUCGAGACUCGCAUCGAGGAGCACAAGAAGGCUCUCAAUGCACGCGUGUCUACGGAGACGGCUCACACUCGCCGAAGAUCGCUUUCGACAAUUGCCCGUUCAAGUCUCAUUCAAGGAGUGCGACCGCUGGCAAGUCAGGCGAGGGACUUGGUCCCUGGUGCCGUCCGGUCCCGCGUCUACAAUUACGUCUCUGCGGCAAAGAAUAGCAUCCUUUCCAAGGACAAAGCCGAAGAGUCGGCUCGCCGGCUGUUGCUCCUCUGCAGCAUGCUCAUCUUCUUCGUUGGCCUCUUUCUGGGUGUCUGGUGGAAGCCCAGGACCCGACUGCUCCUCAAUGACGAGGACCCGUUCGAGUGGCGGCUGUCAAACUCGCUCGGACUUGGGUUGGGCGGCGGUUACCUCGACUACCGCGACGCCUAUGUCGACGAAGGCUUCUUUGCUUGGAUCGCCAGUCGAAUCUUGCGGCUCAAAUCAUUCUCGCUCGACGUACGUCCGCGGCUGGUGCCUACUUGACUUGUACACGAAAGACAAUAUAUGGUUGCUUGUACUCUAGAGAUGCCCACAAAUGCAGGGCUGCAUGUAAUGUACAGUGUAUG